UGGACGUGUUAAGAAACUGUUGCGCUCCAGUCCUCCACCGUUCCCACCAUUCCGCCUUAUAUACGCGUACAGAAGUGAAAGGUCGAUCGGUUUCAGAGUUCGGCUGUAUCAGAUAAACAGAGACAGUUUUGCAGAGCAUUCAAGUCAAGAAUAACAAGUUUAUGAGGUGACAGUUGUUACAGGCGAACUUUAUGUAACUUACUUGUGAAGAAUUGCCAUCGACAGAACGGUCUGUUUUGCCAGUAUUACACCAAGGUUGUUCUUCUAUUCCCGUUUUUUUCCUCCCCACUAAACCCAGCCGAGAUAAGGAAAUCUGCAGUGUGCAAUACAUAAAGAGUAUUGAUACUUAAAGUUUAUAUAAAGUUCUGGCUGAAUACUACAUGCUAUCAGGCCAGAGUCAUGUGAGGAAUGGGGGGCGUUAACCAAUGAAUGUGGAUUUACCAGUUUGGUCCAGCUUCAGGUCCACGCAAGUUGCAAGGUGCUUUCUCAUCAGCCGUUGAAGUGUUUGAGAAUCCAGCUUGAUUUCCCCGUAUUACCUCUUCCUACCCACUGAGGUCUGUGAAGAUUAUUGAAGAUGUCGUCUAAGAUGCAAAGCUCUAAUAAUAUAGCCCAGGCCAGAAGGACUGUUCAACAGCUACGGAUAGAAGCUAACAUAGAGAGAAUAAAGGUGUCUAAAGCUUCUGCAGACCUCAUGCAUUACUGCAAUGAACAUGCCAAGUAUGAUCCUCUACUUAUGGGUAUCCCAGCUUCGGAAAACCCUUUUAAAGAUAAAAAGCCAUGCACUAUAUUGUAGUGGGAUGCUUGAACUCUUGCUGUAUGUUUUGAUGUUUCCUUUUAUUUUAUUUUUUUAAUAGAAAGAAUAUGAUCUUCAAACAUUCGUUCACUGUUCGCCUUAAAAUGAGCUAAACCCCAAGCUUUUAUUUGAUCGUAUCCACACUAGAAAUGUUCCUGUUGUCUAUGAAAAGGAGAGUCAAAGCUCCAAGUAAACAAAUCAUUUGUGGUGCAAAGACAAAACCAACCCAAGAAUGAAUUUUUCGCUUUAGGGCACAGCACAGAUGAGUUGUUUGCUUUGUGAUAGCAUCCACUGAUGUGGUUGUGUCUUCUGCAAAUAAAGGGUGAGGUCAGAGUGGGCGGCUCUCAGCAUCAUGAAGCACAGGAAACUAUCAUUUUUAAUGACUGCACUAUAUAUCUGCAGAUAAGCAGAGCCUCAUCAGCGGUGCUUUGACCCCAUCUGAUGCUUUUAAAGGCGUUCAGUCGCAGGGAGGUGUGGGAGGUUGAUGUGAGGGUUGAAAUGUCAGCAUCACAAAUGUGUGAACGGUGCUUGUGCUCAGUGGAGGAGGAAACAGGUGUCUUUUGGAGGCGUCACAUUGACGCAAUGCUGCUCUGGCCCUCCCUCAUUAACUCACUGUGUCUGAACAAUGGAGUGAUACAAAGCUAACCCCUCCUGUCAAAUCACUACACGCUAGACUGUGCCCUUUUUAUUUUCUCGCAGUAAACAUGGUGAAUUGUGUUUCAAAAGUUCAACAACUGCCAAAACUUUCAGAUCAGCAUUUUAAGAAGGUGAUGUGUUCAUGCAUUUGUAUGGAAUUGUUCUUUAUUUCCUAUACUAUUUUUCCCCCCCCCUUAUUUUAAUUACUGAAACAAAAUUUGGGAAACACUUUACAAUAAGGUUAAAUUUGUUAACAUUAAUGUAUUAGGAAUCAUGAACUAGCAAUGAAAAGCAUUUUAACAGCAUUUAUUAAUAUAAAUGAAUGUGAAUUUAUAAAUGUGUUGUACUAUUUUUCAUUGUUAAUUAAUAAUUCAUAGAUAAUAAUUCAAAGUUAAUUCAUAUAACUUGUUAAAACAAAUGAUAAAAAUGUAUUAGUAUACAUUACCAUUCAAAAGUUUGGGGUCAGUAAGAAUUUAUUUAUUUUUAUUUUUUGUAUAUUAAGAUAAAAUGUAUAUUUCUGUUAAGCAAGUUGAUCAAAAGUGACAGUAAAGACAUUUUGCUCACCAACACUGCAUUUAUUUAAUAAAAAAUACAAUAUUGUUGAAAUAUUAUUACAAUUCAAAACAACUUUUUCUAAUUUCAUAUAUUUUAAAAUGUAAUUUAUUCCUGCUGCAGCACAGCAGAUAUUUCAGUAGCGAUUAUGCCAGGCUUCAAUGUCACAUGAUCCUCCAGAAAUCAUUGCGGAAUAUGCUGAUUUGGUGCUCAAGAAGCAUUUCUCAUUUCUUAUUAUCUACUUAAUAUAAUUUUAGAAACUUUGUUGAACAAAGAGAAAGUUCAAAAUAACAUUAUUUCUUUCUUUCUUUCUUUCUUUUUUUUUUUGGUAACAUCAUGUUAAAAACAGACAAAAAUAAAAUAAUGACAUUAAAAUCUUGACAAAUCUAAACUUUUGAAUUGUAGUGUAUGUAGAAAUGAACAUUAACCUAACUAGCCAUUAUAGGUUGCACUUAAAAAAAAAAUUAUUUAUAAUAAGUUCAUGAUACUUUUAACCUUUACAUUUUAUAUUAUUGCAAAGUGUUGAAGAAAUGUUACCUUUUUCUCCAUUCUUCAAAUUCCUACUUUCAGUAAAUGGGAUGAGAUUUCCCCUAAUCAAAACAUCUGAAUUUGCAUUAGAAUACUUUGUCUUGUGUUAUUGCCCUGUGUAUAUUAGAUACAGUAGCAAUACUUUAUUGCAGAUCAUGGUACGUAAUAUAUAUUAUAACCCUUUAAUGAUUAUUUACGAGAUGCCUUAUGUUAAUGUACGCGUUUAUUCUGAUUGUUUUGAUUCAUAAUCAUUGUCUCUUUUUUUAUGUCUAAAUGCCAUUGUGCCAUCUCAUUCUGGGAUUUAACCAGCAAUAGAAACUCACAUAGGGUCGCAUAUGAUUUUUCUGUACACAUACACUGAGCACAUGAUGAUUUCUCUGAUUGUAGUUAUUUUUGACUGUUAUAAUCAUGCAUUUUGUCAUCAUUCCAUGUUUACAGCUACUGUACAUUUCUUUCAUAAUACUCUUGUGAAUUGCCAUGCAUUUAGUGAAAGUGAGUGUGUAAUGCCUUCAUGACACAGCUGGCAGAAAACAACUUCACCCGACCGGCUGAACCAGCCUUAAUGAAGUGUUCCUGCUCUGACUCGUUCACUGCCGCGCUCCUGUCUCGAGACGACAGCUAGAGUUAAACUACUGUGAACCAGCGGCGCUGCGAUCUUAUGGCAAUCUUAUCUUCACUGUGUCUUUAUCAUUACACAUCUGUCUCAUGCCUCAGGCUGGAUAUAUAUAUGCCUGUGCAUCAUGCAUCUGAACUUGUACAUGCAUUAAGAUUUUACUAAACCACAAUUUUAAUCUUGUUUGGACAACAGUAUGCUUUGAAUGGCAAUUUCAGCCUUGCUUUCUUGUUGAGUGAUGCUUUUAAAGUGACAUUUUCGUAAUGUUUCCCAACAGUAGUAUUGGGUUCUCUCAGUGGCCUGUUGUGUUUUUUCUUGAUGCUGUGGUCAUUUAUGAAGGUGCUUUUGUACUGAAAAUACUGUAUGACAUGCACAAGCUCUUCAGUCUGCUGCCUUAUCUCUUUUUGCCUUUAAAAAAUAUUUUUCAUAUGAAGAGCAUUCAGUGUCGCUGUAUUUGAGUGAAUUUUCCACCUUCCUUUGUGCUGAAAUUCCAGAGCUGGGUCCCAAUGUACUGGGUUGUAUGUUGUAUUUUUCCAACUAAAUAUAGAUUUAUUCUCAA